CUGGAGAGAGGAGGCGUGGCCCUGGGGAUGGUUGCCAGGCGAGCGCCUUUGGCGCGACUCUUGGGAGGUUAGGGGUAAGCCUGGGUCUACGACAGGAGACUGGCCUGAAAGGCCGGGUGGGGAGCAGGGCCACGCCACCCCCUCUGCAGACUGACUGGACCCUGGAGCCCUGUGUCCCCUCCUCCCGUACCGCCCUAGCCCGGUCCAUCGCGGCCACAGGGCCUGCAACCCUAGCUAACCCUCCAGCAGCCGCGUCCUGGCUGGUGGCUGGCUACCAUGGUGAAGCUGGCCGCGAAAUGCAUCCUGGCAGGAGACCCGGCGGUGGGCAAGACGGCCCUGGCCCAGAUGUUCCGCAGUGAUGGGACCCAUUUCCAGAAGAACUAUACUCUGACCACAGGUGUGGAUUUGGUGGUCAAGGUGGUGCCUGUUCCUGACACAAACGAUAGUGUGGAACUCUUCAUUUUUGACUCGGCCGGCAAGGAGCUGUUUUCUGAAAUGCUGGAUAAAUUGUGGGAGAGUCCCAAUGUCCUGUGUCUCGUCUUUGAUGUAACCAAUGAGCAGUCCUUCAGCAGCUGCAGCAAGUGGCUGGAGAAGGCCCGGGCCCAGGCUCCAGGCAUCUCCCUCCCAGGUGUUUUAGUGGGAACUAAGAUGGACCUGACUGGCCGACGAACAGUAGAUUCAGCGCAGGCCCGGGCAUGGGCUCUCAGCCAAGGCCUGGAAUGUUUUGAAACAUCCGUGAAAGAGAUGGACAGCUAUGAGGCCCCAUUCCACUGUCUGGCCAAGCAGUUCUACCAACUGUACCGAGAGAAGGUGGACAUGUUCCACACCCUGGUGUGAGGGUGUAGCAGAUCAUUCAGUAGGGCCAGUCAGGCUAGGCUGGACUGUGGUGAACCCAGCAUAGCCCUCCGGGAGACAGAAGAUGGAAUUGCCUACCACUUCCCAAAUAUCAUAAUGCCUUGAAAUAAAACAAUGAAAUGGUGUGGCCA